AUUAAGUCAAAAUUUUGAAUACACAUGUAUGUGUAAUCUGGAGUUAUCUUUCUUGGACAGUAAUGUAAAAUUCUGUCUCUCCAGGGAAUCUAACACACGUACAUCUUCCCCCUCAAGAUCCUUUGGAGACUUUGAGGAAGAAUGGAUUAGGCUUGGAGAGGAGUCCUAUGUGGGGGUCUUUGAAUCAGGAAAUUCUCCUAAAGACCCCUACGUGUUUGAUAACGUUCCAUCUGGGGGUGUCAAAAGGAAAAUAAGUGAGACGGAAGACUCACUUAUUUUAACACGAAGAAAAUUGGGUAAGAGUAUUCCGUCAUACACCCAGCAAAGAGAUGAAGAAGACCAGACUUUAAAGAAAUUUCGGAAGGAUAAUCCUGCUAAAUAUGAAGCGCUAAAGAGAAGAACGUUUGCGAUAGGCUAUAGCCCACCUUGUCCCUCACCACCACCAAUUAAAGCUGAGCUCGACCCCCAGGCACCCGACUUUGCGUAUGGAUAUAACCCAUGUCCUACACCACCAAUCAAAUCAGAGUUUGCGUUGGGAUAUAGCCCGUCUUCGCCUAUAUGUGUUCCAUCCAGCCCCGCAUCGUCCCUUAACCUGUCAUCUACACCAACAGAAUUUAACUCGAUACUUAACCUUCCGACUUCUGACCAUACCCUAACACCGACAGCUAGAAAUACACCAGUGCUACCAGCAGUCCCAUCAGGGACAGGGACCCCCGCAUCUUCGCAAACGUCGAGGCAGUAUCCUCUUAAGGAGGAGUUAAGCGCCCUUUCUGAACUCAUUGAUUCAGUGAGAGUGGACUUGUUACAAACUUCAAUGAUUGUUAAUUAUAUGCAGGAUUAUUUGAAAUGUUUAAAAUAA